AUGUCGACUUCAUCCAAUUACAUGAAGGCUCUGGUCGUACCACAACCAGGCGUAGAGCAUUACCACCUCCAGGACCUCCCCAUCCCCGUUCCUAGGGCGAAUCAGGCUCUGAUCCGCCUCCGGGCAUCUGGACUAUGUCACACAGACUCGAUAGUCCGUGAUGGCAGCUUUGGGGCGAAUUGGCCGUUGAUAGGCGGCCACGAGCCUGCAGGUGAAAUUGUGGCGCUCGGAGGUUCAGAGAGUGGGCUGAAUGUCGGCGAGAGGAUUGUUGCACUUCUUCCUAGAGAUCUUUGCGGUAAGUGCCCCGAUUGCACACUAGGGGACUGGAAAUACUGCAAAGAAGCCAGCCUUGGUGGUAUCAACGCCGACGGCUACUUUAGUCAAUACGCUGUCGUAGAAGCCAAAUUAUGUGUUCCAUUGCCAGCCAACAUGACUUUUGAGCAGGCAGCCCCGCUGAGCUGUGCGGGGGUCACAGUAUAUACGGCUAUCAAAAAGGCUGGCCUAAAAGCAGGAGACGUCAUUGCGAUCAGCGGCCUUGGAGGACUCGGAUACCUGGGUGUACAGAUGGCAAAAGCUUUGGGGCUGAAAGUUGUAGCAAUCGAUGCUCGACCAGAGCCGUUAUUACUCGUCGGUAAACUAGAGGCCAAGCUUCGCCCAGACCUUAUUGUCGAUGCCAGCUCGACAAACGCAGAAGAUAUCGUGCAAGCCAUCAAGACUCUUCGGGAUGGCAACUAUGUCGGCUGGGAAGGGGUUGACGCUUCCGUCCUCACAUCCCCCGCCCCAUCAUCCUAUGGCUACGCUGCCAAUCUCACGCGGUCUCACGGUCUCUUGGUCCUUAUAGCCCAACCGCCAAAGCUCGAGUUUGAAUAUCCCCUUUUCCUCGCCAAAGAUUUGACUUUGAAAGGUUCACUGCAUGGCAAUGAGGUUGAUCUGAAGGAGACAAUGGAAUUGUGCGCCAAGUUUGGCAUCCAAUCGGACGUCAAAACAUUCACGAUCGAUCAGCACGAAUGGAUGUUGGACGAGGUUCAGCACCACAACUGGAAGGGAAAAGCUGUCCUUCUGUUCUGA